AUGACGACUUUGGUCACCACAUUUCUAGAAGAAAUAAGAAAGAUAAAUGUUUUGGGAGUUGGGUAUUUUGUGGUAACAUUGCUUACUAUUUAUGUUACUCAAUGGAUUUAUAGAUGGAGAAAUCCAAAAUGCAAUGGAGUUCUUCCUCCAGGUUCUAUGGGUUUCCCUCUUAUUGGAGAAACUCUUCAGUUGAUCCUUCCUAGUCACUCCUUGGACCUUCCUCCAUUCUUGAAAAAUAGAAUUAAAAGAUAUGGACAGAUAUUUAAAACAAAUGUGGCAGGGAGGCCUGUGAUUAUAAGUGCAAAUCCUGAAUUCAACAGUUUUAUUCUUAGGCAAGAUGGAAAAUUGGUUGAGACUUGGUCUUUGGAUACUUUUGCUGAAGUAUUUGAACAAAAUACUCAUUCUUCAAGAAAAUAUACUAGACAUUUGACUCUAAAUCAUUUUGGUGUUGAGGCCAUUAAGGAGAAAUUACUUCCUCAAAUGGAAGAAUUUAUAAAAUCUACUCUUUCUAGUUGGUCAAAUCAUGAGUCUCUUGAAGUAAAAAGUGCAGCCAUUAAAGAAACAGUUGAUUUUGCUGCAAAGCAAAUAUUUAGUGGUGAUCUUGAUAAUGCACCAUUCAAUAUUAGUUACAUGUUCAGGGACUUGGUUGAAGGACUAAUGUCUUUCCCAAUUAAUCUUCCUGGAACUUCUCAUCAUAAAUGUUUGCAGAUUCAUAAGAAAGUGCGCGAAACAAUGAGAGAUGUUCUAACAAAGAGGCUCAGUUCAUCAGCAGAAAAACGCGAAGAAGAAGACUUGGUUGAUCAUCUACUCAGAGACAUGGAUUCUCAGAAAUUUUUAACAGAGGAUUAUAUAGUACAGAUGAUGUUUGGUUUGUUAUUUGUUACCUCUGAUUCCAUUUCAACUACAUUGGCUUUAUGUUUCAAGUUGCUUGCUGAACAUACUGAUGUCUUGGAGGAAUUAAUAGCUGAGCAUGACUCAAUUUUGAAGAAUAAAGAGAAUUUGGAUGAUCCUCUCACUUGGAAUGACUAUAAAUCCAUGACCUUUACACUUCAGGUAAUUAAUGAAGUCCUGAGGCUAGGAAAUAUUGCACCUGGACUAUUCCGUCGAACCCUUAAGGAUAUUCCAGUUAAUGGGUAUACAAUACCAGCAGGUUGGGUAAUUAUGAUUGCAACUGCUGCUCUUCACUUGAAUUCAGACCAAUUUGAGGAUCCACUUUCAUUCAAUCCAUGGCGUUGGAAGGAAAUCCAACCAAGUUGUGCAGCUAAGAAUUUCAUGCCAUUUGGGUCUGGAAUGAAGCAAUGUGCUGGUGCAGAAUACAGCAGGGUCUUUUUAGCCACUUUCCUACAUGUCUUAGUCACUAAAUAUAGAUGGACAAUGGUAAAAGGAGGCACAAUUAUUCGAGCACCAAUUAUAAGGUUCCCAGAUGGAUUUCACUUCAAGAUUUCUCAGAAGAACCAAUAA